AUGGCUUCUAAUCUCAAAAUCAAAUUUUUGAUGGUUCCUCUUGCAGUUUUUUUGCUUCUUCUUGCCUCUGCGUCCGCAAGAUUUACCAACAAAACUUCGAAAUCCGAAAUCCAAACCAUAUGCUCAAAGGCGAAAAAUCCCGGGUUUUGCCAAAGGUUCUUCAAAUCAAAACCCGGAACCGCACAAGCAGAUCUUCCUGGCCUGGUCAAACUCACCGUCGAUUCUGCACGUCAGACAACUUCAGGUACUCUCAUAGAGAUCAUAUCACUCCUGGAUAGAGUGCCUGAUCCUAACUCAAAAGAGAACUACAGCUUAUGCAUAGAGAAUUAUGGCAGUGCUAAAGCGAAUUUAAACGACGCCCUGAAAGCUUUGACUAGAAGUAACCCUGGUACCGUGAACAUCAAAGUCUCGGCUGCGAUGGCGGACGUGGAUUCGUGCAAAGAUGGUUUGGUUAACGUCUCACCCGAUCCAUCGUCGAUCUUGAAGGGAAUCGAAGAACUUGAGAAUGUGUCGAGCAUUGCUUUGGUCAUUUCCAACAUGUUGGCCAAGUAG